AUGGCUAGUGUGCCUAAAUUUGUAAAAGAAAUUGAAAUAAAUGUAUCUCAUAAACUUCUGAAAAUUGAGAAAACUAAUAGUGAGUUAUUAGAACCUCAACAACUGCACUGUGAUAAAAUUUUAGAGAUUUACCAAGAAGCGUUCAAUAAGUUAAUAACAGGGACAAUUACUUUUUCAAAACUUCUCACUGAAAUCAAAGACGCAUAUGAAUGUUCUAUACAAAUUCGUGACAAACGUAUAUCACAAUUCAUUAUUCAAGACAAAAAUCUAUUGAAUACUAUGUUAUCUUCCGGAAAACCAUCGACCGUAUAUAUUUUAGACGCAGGAUUUUCUGGUCAAUUGUCGCGUCAUGUAGGAACCAGCCCGGAUGGCCAUCCACUGUGGUGUUCAAAGUUCCUUCAAACAAAUCCUGAUGAUGUUUUCAAGACACAUCUCGACUUUCUGCGAGCCGGUUCAGAUAUUAUUUCGACUAAUACAUAUCAAGCUUCUGUCGACGGCUUUGUUAAAUAUCUCGGUGUUACGUCUGAAGAAGGUUAUGGUAUCAUAACGCGCGCAGUAGACCUCGCAAAGCGCGCGCGUGAAGUUUACAACAAUGAAUGUCAACAAGGUAAUAAACCAGUUCGUAAUAUUCAAAUUUCCGGUUCAAUUGGCCCCUACGGUGCAUAUCUUCACGAUGGCUCUGAAUAUGAUGGCAGUUAUGCAGACAAAGUCAGUGUUGAGGAGAUGAAAGAGUGGCAUGCUCCUAGGCUUAGAGCGUUAGUUACAGCAGGAGUUGAUCUCAUAGCUUUUGAAACCCUCCCCUGUCGUAAGGAAGCUGAAGUAUUAGUAGAGAUGUUAAAGGAGUAUCCACAUAUGAAGGGAUAUCUGUCAUUCAGCUGUAAAGAUGAAAAUUCUCUAGCCAAUGGAGAAGACUUCAAGACAGUUAUAAAGAAAUGUUGGGACAUGAACCCCACCCAGUUGAUAGCUGUUGGAGUGAACUGCUGUCCUCCUACAAUAGUAGCUAAACUGAUUAAGGGUAUUAAUGAUGACAGGCAGUCCAAGAUCCCCUUUAUUACAUAUCCUAACUCAGGGGAGAAGUAUAAACCAAAAGAAGGAUGGGUUGAGGCAGAAAAGUGUAAACCUCUUGCUAACUUUGUUGAGGAGUAUUUAGACCUAGGGAGAGUCUUUGGUAUAUCAGCAAAAAAGAAACAAAAUUAUGACAAAAUUAAAAAGAUGUUAAAAGAAAAUGAGGAUUUAAGAGAGAACAACCUGAAACUGACAUUUGAAAUUUCGAAACUUAAGAAAGAUAUGGGAAAGCUAUCUGAUGACAACUUCUCGGACUACCUGUCACUAAUGCGAGAGAGGGACGCCCGUUAUACGCUGUACUUCGAGAACCUGGCGUUGCAUAUGAAGAUCAAGGAAUUAGAUGGAAGCUCAUACCAGGUCGACGAAGCAUAUGGAGAUCCGGUAGUACUGAGAAUAGCUUUAGAUAGGUGCAGGGAACAGCUGUCAAAAACGCAACUAGAUCUCAACAAAAAGAACGAUGAAUACGCGGAUACAGUUCCCAGGCGUCAAUACGAUACUCUGGAAACAAAAUACUUUGGCCUCGUCAAGGCGUUUGAUUCACUAAAACAAGAACAUGGAGCUCUUCAAGAGAACUACAAUCGGCUGUUGGCAUCGAAGACAUCCAUCAAAGAGGAGUUGUGCGAGACAAAAGAACGUUGUAAUGAAUUGGAACGCGCCGGUACUCCACGGCCACGGUGGGAACUGUGUGCUGAUUUCAUCGGAGGUGGACGAGAUAGAUGGCGGCAGUUAGCGAGUAAUCUCUCAUCACGGGACAUUCUAAGAGUGUUAUUAAAGGAACUGGGUCCAGCAGCCGAAGGAGAUAACUUGGAACACUUCGAUGGACUUGGUAUAGAUCCAAUCAUACCUCCAUACUUGAGGUAUGAAGGUAAGGUGCGCAAUCUGCGUCUGUCCCGGCGAGAAAUAAGUGUGAUCAUCAAUGAUAUCUGGCUUGGCAAGAAGGAUCAUAUCCAGGACAUAUCAAUGCAAGACUAUGUUACAAAGUAUUUCGAAGAUAGGUAUCAGCAACCAUCAGUGCGCGCCGAAUGGGCUUACAAUCUCUGUGCUGGAGUGGAGCAGAUGCUGGAUGAACCACAAGUAAAACUAUUCUGGGGUGUGCUACACGGUCAUCUUAGUGAACACAUCUAUUGGGGACAUCAAAACCAAUGGCAGUCAUUAAAAGAGCAACUGUAUAAACAUAGCAAAGACAAAGAGAAUAUAUCAAUAGAUGAAUUUGAAAAAAUAUCUAAAUCCGUAUUUCCGAUGAAGAGUGAAGUGGAUAUUAAGAACAUGAUGGACGUGGUGCGCAAACAGCUUAAAUUAAAAAUGAACAGCAACGAAAUAAAUUUAGACAAAUUGUUUCAAGAGAAUGAGGAGGGUUUCGAUCGUCUGGAAUUCGCACGUGAGUUGUACCGUCAGCGACAAAUGGCCCAGGACAAGUAUAUUCGAGAAGUAGUUGGGGAACUUGGGGGCAAACACGCUUCUAAUAAAAUGGUUACCGUGGAGAACGUUAAAAGAGCAUUUGCCAUAAUUGAUCCUGCUAUAGAUCACAUACGCAUGGAGCGCUAUAUUCGCUGGGCGUUUUCUGAUCCAACUACGGACGUGAACAGUAUUUCUCCAGUUCCUUUAAGAGUUCUGGCCACAAGACUAGCUGCUGGUGAUAUUGAAAGAGUUGGACCGAGAUAUCGAGGAACUCGUCGAAUAACUUACAAAUAA